CUGAUACACCCUUCUCAAUAGUCAGCCAGGCUCCACCUGCUGCAGCCCAUAGUCACACCUCUCUGACCUGCCACACAGCUCAGCCAGCCAAGAGGAAGUACUUACAAGAUUUCUCGUCUUAUUCAAAGCAGUUUCAUAGCUUUGCCCCAGAUUGUGUUAAGGAGCCAAGGAUCGAGAAUGUAAGAAGUUCACUUGAAAAACCAGAAAAUCCUGAUGAAGGCUACAAUCCAGUAUUAAAUGGAUCACUGUUUUUCAAUACGCACAAUCUAUUAUUACAGUUACAUUUCCCAUACCGCUAAAAAUAAUAAUAACAGUAAAACCAAAUGAAGGAAAAUGAAGGAUGUUAAUGGUAUUGGCAUUAAGGUGAAUGGAACAUACAAAAUACCAGAGCCCUUUUCAUCAGGUGAGGAUGAUUCAUGCUUAGUGAGAAAUCUUGCAAGAUCUGAAGACUUGUACAAGGAUUAUGACACUCAUAAAGUACUACCAGAGCUCAGUGGUACUUGGGGAGAUUUUGAGAGUUUCAAUGAAUGCCCUCCCGAAUCUGAAAGAUUUUAUUAUGAAGAGGAAGAAAUGCAUGGAUCCUCAAGGCAUCACUUAGCUGAAUGUCACAUGGCUACCUCAAAGGAAACUGAGUUCCACACAGAUUGGGAUGCUCAUACUCCAACACCAGAGAAUUCCAACGCAUUUGAGGAGGUUUUUAGGUUAAGCUUUCCAGAUAUCCCAGUUGAACAGUGCACAGAUGAAAUGAAAACCCUUCAAAACCCCCUGGAUUCGUUAAAUGGAGAUAUUGGUGUCGGAGAUUUAAUAAACAUGCAAUUCAGGGCUGACAGUCACAGCUUAGGUUCACAGAACCAUUCUCCUGCUACUGCGCACAGAUUUGACUGGAAGAAUUCCCAGGGCUGUAGGAACCUCUUGCUGCUACUUGGUGUCGACUCAUCUGAAACAGGUUCAGUAGAUGACAACCAAGCAAUGGAUGAUUCCAUCUCUACUGACAAUGAGCUUCUCUCAGGAAAUGAACCCUUAAAUCCCAAUGGAAGUAAAGCUCUCAUUCAGACUAAGUUGUACGUGGCGCCAGACUCCCGCCAAGGUUCCAUUUUCUCCUACCAAUUUUUCGUGAAGACAACAGCGACAGAUACAGCUUUACCAUUUCUCACAGUGUCUGAAAAGAAGAGUUUCUUCAAUACAAAUCAUUUACGUUUCAAUUUUUAAUUUCUUUGGCAAAAGUAGCAAUUGUAAUAUAAGGAAUCAAAUACUAGAAUAUAUAUAUAUAUCUAUAUAAUUGUUUUAUAGACCAUUUUAGAACAAGGCAUUUAAUUUACUGCACUGUAUUCUUUAGCACUCCUAAAAAUCGAUUUUUAUGGGCACUUUCUCCUGUAAUUUAAUAUGUAUAAAAGAAACUUCAACUGAGUUUCUGUGAAAAUGAAGUCACUUGCACAAAAACCUGAAUUUGCUGCAGGUAAAAAUAACUUUGAGUUAUAGUAGAAGUUUGUUUGUUGUAUAUUUAGUUGUUCCAAUCACUAGACCAUUAUUCUGAGCAUCAAAGAAGUAGGGCAGAAAUCAAACCCUCCCCAGCUAACUGGAUUAUAUAUCGGUGAACUUUUUUCAGUGGAAAGAAAGGAAAAAAACUAAGUAGGUAUUUAUUAACCAAACUAUGGUGUUGUGCAAGCAUUGUUAAAAAAGCACAAAGCAAAUAAAAGUUUGUAUGAUAAAGGAUAAAGAAAUGUAGUGUGUAUAUAUAAAUGUGCCCAAACCAAGUAGAAUUUAAGGCUUGUCCACCUGCCUUGGAAGCUGUGCUUUGCUCAAGUAGAGGGAUCCAAAACUAAGGUGGCCUAUAGUUUUGUCCUUCAAGCAAUGUGAUUACUGCUUUAUCCUGCUAUGAAUUAGCACUCUGAUAGUAGUUUACCAAACUUUUUUGAGCAACGGCGAUUGACUAAAGCCAUGUAACCCCAACAAAAUUAUUCAUGCCUGUUUUUGUUUUGUUUUGUGGGGUGGGAGAAUGUCCACUGAUAAAGUUAAGUAGAUGCAAAAAUGUAAAUACCUACAAAAAAAAAACCUGAAAACCUUUGCAAUGUAUCAUAUUGUUUUAUACUUCCAUGGAAAUGUUGUGUGAUCUUAGAAUUUUAUUGAAAAUGUAAUUAAAAAUUGUAUUUAUUUAAUACCA